AUGGUAGUUACAUCUCAUGAAUCAAUUCUCCCAAAUUCUUCUUACAUAUUUAUGACAUAUAAUAAUAAUAAUGAUGAUGAUAUUAUCCCAGUGAUUGACAUGUUAGAUCCUCAAGCUAAAUUUCUUAUUACAAAAGCAUGUCAAGAAUUUGGAUUCUUCAAAAUUAUCAAUCACGGUGUUCCUGAUGAAACGAUGAUAAAAUUAGAAAAUGAUGCGAUCAACUUCUUUAAUUUGCCACAGUGUGACAAAGACAAAGCUGCUCCUGCUAGCCCUUUUGGUUACGGUAACAAAAGAAUUGGAUCAAAUGGUGAUGUCGGUUGGGCUGAAUAUCUUCUAUUUGCUAUAAACAACGGACUUGUUUCAGAAAAAUCCGUCAACAUUCCUCAAAAUUCUCAGCUUUCCUGGUAUGCUCUGAAUGAAUAUGUGACAGCAGUUAGAAAUAUAGCAUGUGUUGUGCUGGAAAAGAUAGAAGAGGGUUUGAGGAUUGAGCCAAAAAAUGUGCUAAGUAGGUUGCUUAGGGAUGAAAAGAGUGACUCUUGUUUUAGGAUAAACCACUAUGCACCAUGCACAGAAAUUGAAGCAUAUUUAAAUGGUGGUAGAAAUUUUAUUGGUUUUGGUGAACAUACAGACCCACAGGUAAUAUCUGUUAUAAGGUCUAAUAACACAACUGGACUACAAAUAUCACUUAGAGACGGUACAUGGGUCUCAGUUCCACCUGAUGAGCACUCAUUUUUCAUCAUUGUUGGAGAUUCCCUGCAGGUAAUGACUAAUGGGAGGUUUAGGAGUGUAAAACACAGAGUCUUGGCAAACAGUAUAAAGUCAAGGUUGUCAAUGAUUUAUUUUGGUGGGCCUCCUUUGAAUGAAAAAAUAGUACCUUUAUCAUCUUUAAUGGAGGAAGAAGAAGAAAGUUUGUACAAGGAAUUUACAUGGCUUGAAUAUAAGAAAUAUACCUACAUGACAAGAUUGGGUGCUGAUAGGUUGGAACUGUAUGAAAAGAAUAUUAAAGUACCAUAUGAUCAAAAAUUACCAAAUUUAGGAAAAAUAAUGCUGUAG